UUAAACAAACGACAGGACAAUGAGACAAUCCAUGUGAGUAUCCCGUCGUUGAAGCCAGUAUUGUAGCUGUAGUCCUUUGAAUUUCAGCUGUAUUUACUUCUCUAAGCAAUUCUUGUCCUUUUGACUCUGUUCUCUCGUAUCCGCUUAUUACAUCAUAUCACCCAUGGAUAUCUCAAAGCCGCAUGCAGCGCUGCUGUCUAGCCCAGGGAUGGGCCACCUCAUCCCCGUGGUUGAGCUUGGCAAACGCCUUGUGACCCACCACAACUUCACUGUCACAAUCUUCGCCGUCACUUCUCCCAUGUCGCCGGCGGAGUCUCAUGUUAUCCAAUCCUCCAUGAGCCCGAAGCUCUUCGACAUCGUGCAACUCCCACAAGUUGACAUCUCCGGCCUAGUUGAUGCGAACGCUGCGGUUGUUACACAACUCGCGGUAAUGAUGCGUGAAGCCAGGCCAACCAUCCGUUCGGCAAUCUCUGCCUGGAAUCCCCGGCCAACCGUGCUUAUCGUUGACCUUUUUGGAACCGAAUCUCUUCCCAUAGCUGAUGAACUUGAUAUGCCCAAGUACGUUUACGUCGCUUCGAACGCAUGGUUCCUUGCUUUGACCAUACAUGUGCCAUUCCUCGACAAAGUGGUAGAAGGAGAGUAUGUUGACCUAAUAGAUCCACUGAGACUCCCCGGUUGCAAGUCGGUGCGGCCCGAGGACGUGGUUGACCCGAUGCUAGACCGAACUAACCAGCAAUAUUUUGAGUACGUAAGAAUGGGGUCUGAGAUCGCAGUGAGUGACGGGGUUUUGUUGAAUACGUGGGCAGAUCUGCAGCCCACGACAGUUGCCGCGUUGAGAGAUGAGGAUCUCUUGGGUCGGUUCAUUAAGAGCCCGGUUUACCCAAUUGGUCCUUUAACAAGAACGGUGUCCAAUUUGAAGGGCGAUUUGUUUGACUGGCUAGACAAGCAACCCAAGGAAUCAGUGAUUUACAUGUCAUUUGGAAGCGGCGGGACCCUUUCAUACGAGCAAACGAUCGAGAUAGCUUGGGGGUUGGAGAUGAGCCAGCAGAGAUUCAUUUGGGUGGUACGCCCACCCACCAUAGGAGCUGCGGACUCCGCUUUUUUCGCGGCAGGGAACGCAUCGGGUGAUGAUGACCUGUUAAACUACUUGCCGGAUGGAUUCUUGACACGAACUGAAAACGUGGGCCUUGUGGUGCCCAUGUGGGCCCCGCAAGUGGAGGUCCUUCGCCACCCGUCAGUUGGGGGGUUUGUAUCGCACUGUGGGUGGAACUCCUCCCUAGAGAGCAUCACCAACGGAGUGGCAAUGAUCGCAUGGCCGCUCUACGCGGAGCAGAGGAUGAACGCCACGUUGCUGACGGAGGAGCUUGGUGUGGCUGUCAGGCCGAAGGUGUUGCCAUCGAAGAAGGUGGUGGGAAGACAAGAGAUAGAGAAGAUGGUGAGGACGAUCAUGGAAGACAAAGAAGGGUAUGCUAUUAGAGCUAGGGUGAAGGAGAUAAAGCACAGUGCAGAGAAAGCUUUGUCAAUGGGUGGUUCCUCAUUCAAUGCACUUUCUGAAUUGGCAAAUCAAGUUGAGGUUAGAAUGAAACGCCAGAAAGAGAAAGUAGAGGCCCAGCGAGGGCCCAGUAACUCGUAAUGUUUCCUACUUCCUUUCUUUUGGUUUCUGCAUGUGAUAUUGUCAUUGUCAUUUGUAAUAAUCUGUAUAUCAGAAUGUUCUUUUCGUUGUCA